CGGUGGUCUGACGUCACAGACAGGCUGUGUGUUUACUCCAGUGUACCUAGCUAGCUGUUAUCAAAUAUGGUGCUAAUAAUUCACAAUAACGUACUGUCUUGUUUCAGUGUUUUUAUUUAGAAAGGACUCAAUAGCACAGUGUCUGGAUAUUGCAGGUAAAAAUAAGUACGAUAACGCAUGACCGCAAACAAACGUGCACAUCCAACAGGACUUGAAGGAUGCCGAACGCAACCACACGACCCAAACGGGUGAGGCGGGGCCGGCGGGCGCCCAGAGAAGACCCGGCUAGGAACGAGCUGGUGGCCCGGUCUCUGGAGAGCGCACAGCAGUGCCUGUUCAAUCAGGACUACGGCACUGCCUUCGUGCACUAUCUCCUCGUGCUUAACCUUGCCCCCGCACUCAAGGACUUUGCAAGGGAUUCCUUCAGGUUCACCCUUUUCAAAUGGGCCGAGGAGCUGGACUCCCUGGGUCGGGUCCAGGAUCUCUUUGACUGUUACGAGCAGGCGCUGGAGCUGUUCCCUGUGGACGAGGUCAUCGUGAACAGCAUGGGGGAACACCUCUUCAGAAUGGGCUUCAGAGAUGAAGCAGCAGGACAUUUCCACAAAGCUCUGAAACUGAAGCCAGACUUUGCUGAAGCCAAGGAGAACUUCUACAGAGUAGCCAACUGGCUUGUGGAGCGCUGGCACUUCCUGAUGCUGAACGACCACCAGAGGAACAGGAGGUACCAGCAGGCCAUCCAGAAGGCAGUGCGGGCUGGCUGCAGCACCGUGCUGGACAUCGGGACCGGCACAGGGAUACUUGGUAUGUGUGCAAAGCAGGCCGGGGCAGCUGAAGUGUACGCCUGCGAGCUCUCCAAGACCAUGUAUGAGCUGGCCUGUGAAGUGAUUUCAGCCAACGGGAUGAAGGACCACAUCAAGGUUCUCCAUAUGAAGUCCGUGGAGAUGGAGGUCCCCAAAGAUAUCCCUCACAGGGUCUCGCUGGUGGUGACAGAGACAGUGGACGCAGGCCUGUUUGGGGAGGGCAUUAUCGAGAGUCUGAUCCAUGCCUGGCACCACCUGCUGCUGCCCCCACAGAGUUCCCAGGACAUGCCCCUCAGCCCUGCAGAAACAGGACGGGUCAUUCCUGCGGGGGCCACUGUUUUUGGGUUCGCUGUGGAGUGCCAGGAGAUCCGCAGACACCACAGGCUGUGUGCGUCAGAGGUUGGGGGCCUCUCCUUGUCUGCAGUCGGAGGCUUCCACAGUCCGGUGAGCUGUUCACCGGAUGCAGACGACUCCUCAGAGCCCUACACCACAGAGAGACUGAGCAGGCUGCCUGGGGGGUACACCGCCCUGACCAGGCCCUUUCGGGCCCUAGACAUCGACUUCAACAACGUGCAGGAGCUGGAGGGGCUGUGUUCCAGGGAAGUCACCCGGAUAAAGCUGCCUGUGACCCAGGCGGGUGUGCUGGAUGCGCUUGCAGUGUGGUUCCAGCUUCACCUGGAUGAGGAAAACAGCCUGUCCACCGGGCCUCAAGAGGACACCUGCUGGGAGCAAGCUGUCUACCCCAUCCAGAACUCUUCCAACUUCACAGUGAAACCUGGAGACGAGCUGACCGUGGAGGUGUCCUGCGAGGACGCAUACCUGCGGAUCCGCGCCAUCGCCAUGGUGAGAGACGGGCACGUGGUCAGUCUGGACGACUGGGAGCCGGGCCCCGCCCCUGGCAUGGCCGUGACCCCGGAGGCGGAGCUGUGCAGCGCGCUGUCCUGCCUGCAGACGGAUCCCCAGAGAGCUGCGCAGAGCUGCAUGCUGGAGUGCUCGGAGAUAGCGCUCCUGAACAACACUCACUACCACAGCUGCUUCAGCAGGGCGCUGGACAAGCUGCUCUCCGUGCUGAGAUCCAGCGCCAAGCCAGUGGACCCGGACGCCGCCGGCGACUGUCCGAGCGCCGAGCCUCUCUACGUCCUGGACGUCUCUGAGGGCUUCUCCGUACUCUCGCUGAUGGCCGCCAGGCUGGGCUCGGUCCGGGCCUACAGCUCGGUGGAGAAGGAGCAGCACCAGGCCAUUCUCCGGCUGCUGGCGAAGGGGAACGGCGUCCAACAGGAGGCGCUGGAGUUCUGGCUGAACCAGGUGGAGGACGACUCCGCCGUGCUGCAGAGGCCGGCCACCGAGAAGCUGUGGAGCGCCAUCGUGCUGGACUGCGUGGAGACCUGCGGCCUGCUCCGGCAGAAGCUGGUGGAGAAAGCCACUCUGGCCAGGUGUUUGCUGGAGGACGGUGGCCGGAUAUUCCCAGAGUGCAUUGUGGUCUACGGCCUUUUGGUGGAGUCAGACACCCUGCUGCUGGAGAGUGCAGUCCAGGGCAGGGAGCCAACGCUGGGGUUCAACAUCGCACCGUUCAUCAACCAGUUCACAGUGCCUGUCCACGUGUUCCUGGACCUGUCCACCCUCGAGUGUAAACACCUCAGUCAGCCUGUGGAGCUGUUCACCCUCGACCUCAUGAACUGCAGUGAGAAUGCCACACAGCGACAGGUGGAGGUGCAAGUGUGUGCCACAGGGCGGGUUACUGCCAUCCCCUUCUGGUACCAGGUGCACCUGGACCAGGACAUCAGCAUCAGCACCUUCACCCAGGACUCCCACUGGAAGCAGGCGGCUGUGGUGCUGCAGCACCCCCUGGAGGUCACCGCAGGAGAGACAGUCCACCUCAGUGUGCACCUUCACAAGAGCAGCAUCUCAAUCGCUGCUUCAAAGGAAGAAGAACAGGAGGAGCCUGUUGCCAUGGACUCUGCCAGCUCCACCAACACCGUGUCUUGAACCCAGCAAGUCUCUGUGCUUGUGACCAGCUGAGUUUACGACAUGCAUUCUGUUAAAAAGUGAUGUGUCGUAUUUGUGUGUGCUGAAAGUAUAAAAUGGUUGCCUACGACUGUGGUUGCUGUAGCCAACUUGUGUAUUUUUCGGAACAAUACUUACAUCUAUGUAAACAGAAUAAAACAUCUAUGUAAUGAAACAUAUUCGUUCUGAUGUGUCUG